GACACAUUCAUCUGUGACAGCCGAUCGACGCCAGUGAAAUUACUAGGAGGGUGACAUAUUCGUGUCCGAGCAUUUUUUGCGGAAUUGUCAUAUUAAAACAUUCUUAAAAUGUAUAAAUGUAUGGAAGCACCGGGUCCUCGCCAGGAUAUGGUUCUGACAGAGAAACCUAUCCCAAGUCCGCCCCCCAUAGGAAUGGUAGUUAAGGUGAAAUAUGCAGGGGUGUGUCAUUCCGACGUCAAAACAUGGGAAGACGACAUUUUCUUAGAGGAGGGCAACAUUACACGUAAAAGCGACUUUGACCCUGACUACAAAUUCCCCAUAGUUCUCGGACAUGAAAUUUCUGGCACCGUAUACAGCUUGGGAGAUAGUGAGAAUAAAGAUGCCGACACAUUCCAAAUUGGAGACAAAGUGGUUGUUUUUACGUUUUGUGGAUGCACUGAAUGCAGCUUCUGCACGGCGGGUGACAACAGAUGGUGUCCAAAGAUGAUUUCAAAUAAUAUUGGAGUCGGGAAAAAUGGCGGAUUUGCAGAGUAUGUGUCUGUCAAAAACAGAGCCUAUGUGUCCAAGGUACCUGCCAAUAUACCCAUGGACGUUGCUCCAAUGAUGUCAUGUGGAGCGCUCACUGCUUAUAAUGGUGUCGAUCUUGUCAAGGAAUCAAUAAAGAAAUGGAUCAACUGGAAAGGAGCUGCUACAGUGUUGAUCAUUGGUGCCGGAGGUCUAGGUUUGUGGGGUGUUUCUUUGUGCAAAGCAGUCCUUCCAAAAGAGACGAGAAUAGCAGUUGCAGAUUUGUCCUCUGAAAAACUUGAAUCUUCCAAAGCAAUUGGCGCUGAUAUUACGAUAUUAUGGGAUCUUAAAGAUGAUACAGCAACAACCAUUGAAAAGACUAAGAAAGCUCUUGGUGGUUUGGCGGAAUCAUCCAUUGAUUUCGUAGGCAAUCCGUCCACGCUGAAAACUGCAGUGCAUGUAUCAGCUAAGGGAGCAACAGUAGCAGUCGUCGGUCUAUUUGGUGGAGCUGCCACUAUUCCAGUUCCAUUCUUCCCAAUGAAAAUACUCAAUGUCGUUGGUACAUACACAGGGUCCACUGUACAUUUUAAAGAACUACUGGAAAUUGUAGAUAAGAAUAAGAUUGUUGGGCCAACGAUAUUCCAUUACAAACUCGAGGAUGUAAACGAAAUAUUUAGAAAACUAAAGAACAGAGAAAUAAAUGGAAGGGCCAUCUUAGAAUUUGACGAUUAG